AAAUUUUAUCCUCUGCUUUUACAGCUUUUAGUUUUACUCGGUGGGAAAAAAAAAUUCAAUAGAACAAUGAAGUUAGGAGGAAUGAGCAACUGGUUGAUGGUGAUGCUGUGGCUGGUUUUGUCAGGGCGAAUUCAAAUCCAAGAGACAGAGGCAAUCGAAUGCGAUAUAACGCAGAUGAAACCAUGCUGGGAAGGAUUUAAAACAGGUACCGUUCUCUGUUGCUUCAGGAUUGGAGCAUAUAUCAGUUGUUUUUGCGACUUCGCAAAGGAUCCUCGUGACGGAUAUCAUUUUCAAGAUCCUAAUGCUAAAGUGGCAGUAGCUGCUUGCCUUCGAGUGAAAAGAACAACAUGA